UAGUAGCCUGUUUCCUAUUCGGAUGUCGGAAAAUCACGAGUUGCGAGCGAAUGUUUCGAACAUACCUUUUGACGUCAACACCAAGACAAGAAGUAUGGAGCUCGAAAUGCUAAAGCAGACUAGCUGUAGCAGGUUUCCUAGUCGGAAGUCGGAAUAAUCACGAGUUGCGAGCAAAUGUUUCGAAGAUAUCUUUUGACGUCAACACCAAGACAAGAAGUAUUUUGGACAGGCAGCACUACUGUGAGAACGGGCCUCCACAUAUUCACAACCUUGCCUGAAGUUAGUAAUGUAUCCAAACUUCCACAACCCGUUUUCAGAUGAUGAUAGAGAGCAUGCCACACCAGCAACAAGCGGCUUUAACUUCAGCGAUGGUGGGGAAGAAGAAAGCACAAUAAACCCUGUAGCGCGACGACAGAGGCAGCUGGAACAAGAGGUGAUGCGCACUGCUCAAUCUGCCAUAGACAGCAGCAACCGCUCUCUUGGUCACAUUUAUGAUUGUGAGAAAAUUGGGACAGAGACAGCAGAGGAGUUGAUUCGGCAGGGUGAGGCCUUGAAAAGAACAGAGCGAAUGGUUGAUAACAUGGGACAAGACAUGAAAACUAGUCAAAAGCACAUAAACUCAAUUAGGAGUGUAUGGGGAGGUUUAGUUAACUACUUCAAAGGAAAUUCUGAGCCAAGGCCUCCACAGAAGGAACCACCUCCAGUCUAUAAGGCCAGUAAAAGAUUGCAGAAUUCUCUGACAGAAAGUAAGGAACAUGAAGGUAAAUAUGAGGCCAGCCAUCCCAACCUCAGGAAACUAGACACAUCUGGGUUUGAAGUUUCCUUUGAUAAUAAAGCAUCUAAAAAUGGAAAGAAUGGACAUUUGAAAGCUGCCCAUCAGCAUCUGGACUCCAACUUAGAUGAGAUGUCCAAGGGUCUGAGUCGACUGAAGAAUUUGGGCCUGGGUUUGCAGGCAGAGAUCGAUGACCAGGAUGUCACACUGGACACUCUGCUUAAUAAAGUGGACUCUAUGGAGGGCAAGAUAAACUCCACAAACCACCAACUCAAGAAUCUGAAAUGAGUUCUUGGAUAUUAUUUGACUAUUAUUUGACUUGAUUAAGUUUCAUUCUUACCAAUUUAAAUAAUAAGUCUUAGCAUAGAUGGUUUGAUUUUUUUUUUUUUUUCAGAAAAGACACAAUGUACACAACUUCACAUAAUGUACAGUAAAUAGAUUGUCACAGAAUAAGAAAAUGUGAAUAACUUAAUUUGGACAAAAAUGUCAGACAAAAUCAUAUAAUCCCAAGGUGACCAUUUGUUAAAUAUAAAAUAAAUGUAACAUUAACACUAUGUAAAACAAUAAAAACAAGAGGCCCCUUUAAAUAAGAUUUAAAUUGCAUUUUGUUUUGCAUUUAAUACAAUGUUUAAAUGAUUUUUAUAUAGAAAUCCUCUAUACAAAUCUUAUAAUAGCCACAUGAAAUUAAACAUUCCCUAUCUAAUAUUUUAACUAUUAGUUAUUUAACUAUUACUAUUUAAUUUCCUUCAAAAUUACAUGAAAAACAAAAACGCUAUAACUUUUUAAAAUAUUUUAUUAAAUUAAAUGUGGGGUAAAAAAAACUGUUGUAUUCGUGUCCAUCAAUCUGAUCUACAGUAUGCUGGAGAAACUCCCAGGUGGGAAGACAUUGCUUUGUGUAGUUAGCAUCAAAAAUAAAUUUUAAAACAAACAUUAACAGCCUCCACCUGUAUCAAUUGCAUUGCCUCCAACAUUAGGAAAGGUCUGUCAGGUUCCUCUUGUCUCAUUUCCGAGGCACAAAACGUGGAGCAAUGGUUCAGUCAUCUCUGUAUUUUGCAGAUAUCAUUUCCAUCAUUUACAUUUGGGCAUUUGGCAGAUGCUCUUAUCCAGAGCGACUUACAUUUUUAUCUCAUUACACAUCUGAGCAGUUGAGCAUUAAGGGCCUUGCUCAAGGGCCCAACAGUGGAAACCUGGUGGUUGUGGGGUUUGAACCUGGGUUCUUCCGAACCGUAGUCCAAUGCCUUAACCACUGAGCUACCCCUGGCAUCAUGUUGGUCCCCACCUUUUAAAAUAAUUAACAUUUACGUAAAGCAUUUUUGUUAAGGACAUACAGCUAUGUAUUUAUUUUGUAUUUAAUGAAAAUGUUUUUUGUCAAUACACAAAAAUACAUAAUGUGAACAUGAA